ACUUUUCCCCUCUUUAUUUAAACCAAAAAUGCAAUUUUUUACCAAAAUUAAAAUGUUGAGAAGUGUUGUUUGGCAUUUUUAUUUUUUGGUUAUUUUGUGGUCAAACAACUCAAAAAAUUUUUUUUAUUUAUUUAAAGCGCGGAAAGCUCUAACAAAACACUUGACAUCCCAAAGGGGCAAAAAUGAAGAAAGGAAAAAUAAAAUAAAUUUGACUGGAAUUUUGGGUAAUUGGCGACUUUGGUAGUUAAAAAACAUGAAAAAAUUUUUUAAAUUUAUUGCCUUUUUAUGUAAAAAUUGUCUAAGAAAAAAUGAAAAAUGGAGAAA